AAGUCUACGACGAGUUGAUUCUCGCAUUGUGGUUUGAUUUAUAACGUUUUAAUGUUAGUGUUAAGUAUAUCGUAAUACAUUUUAGUGUACCGUAAAUAAAUACUGAAGUGAUACAAGAAUAUCAGGAUUUGUUUGUGUCAUUAAAACUAUUUGUACCUAGCAUAUAACUUUUCUGCAUCGAGUCCAGUUCUUUUAACCGCCAUUUUGUUGAGCUAUCGAGUGUUUAUGGAGAACGGCGAAGAUUCAGGAGAAAAUUCAAGUGAAGAUAUAAUGCUUAAAGCAUAGCCUGAAUGGAGCUGUACAGCAUGCCUCAGCUUGACAAGUCAGCUGCAUAUCCUGAGCAUGUCCAGUAUGAGGAGCCCCUGGGUCGUUCUCCAGUCAAUAAGUUCGGACCGGUGUCUGGGCCAGGGGACAUCCUGGCCAGCUCGGCCUGGAGUGCCAUCAUCCACCAUCCGGCGGAGGAUUCCGAACCAGAUGAGCUCCCCUCCACUGUUGACAUGGAUGCCAUCAAGGAACCCCUGACACCAAUGCCGGCGCCAGUGAUGACACCCAAGCCUGAGCCACCGCAGCCCAGCGCAGAGUCCAGCUCGGGGUCAGAUUCUGAGGCCGACUCCAGCUCUGACAGUGGCGGCGAGUCCAACACCGACAGCGAGGAGGGCAGUGGCAGUGGGAGCUCAUGCUGGUCUGAAAGUGGCUCGGAGUGCGGCAGUGAGCGCAAGGAGGCUCCACACACGUCUGUGCGCAGCUCCUGUAGCUCUCGUUCCAGUGGUAGCCAACGCAGUGACUCUGACCACUCCACACACCACAACAAGCACUUCUCCAUCCGCGAGACCAACUUUGACCAGGGUGGACUAAAACUGAAGAUCUCAGCUUUGAAGAUACCUAAAAAGCCAGUGGUGAGGGAAGAGUCAUCUAGCAGCUCCAGUAGUGACGAACGAGACAACUCUUCAUCAGACGAGGAAGCAGACAAGUCCUCGGAUGCAAGCCAGGGCCGGCGGACACCUGUACAGAGAAAACACUAUGAGCCUGAGGCUCCCAAACCACCUAGGGAGGCAGAACCAGCUGUUAAGAUCGCCAUGGAGAGUCCGUCAAAGGAUGAAGAUGACAAGAGGAGGCGGGUGGCUGUUGAAGAGAAAAAAGAACCGGUGAAAACAUCUACAGCUGUUUCUGAAGAGAAAGUUGUGAAACCGUCAAGUGGGAAUGGUAAACUAGUCAAAGAAGAAAGUCGAAGUUCUGGAACUUCACUUCGCGGUUCGGCUCGGUUAGCGAAUUUGAAGUCUGAAGUUAAAUUUACGAGGUCACCAACAAAAGUUAACAGCAGGACUAGUGAGCCGAAUAAAAUUGCACGUGUGUCUAAAACAGUAUCGCCUACGAAGAGUGUAGAAAAAUCUUCCUCGCCACCAACUACCGUGACCAGACAGAGGAACUUCAGGAAAAAGGCGAAACCUGCUUCAGAACAGCAGAAGACUCCACCUAAGGUGAUCAAUGGAGCCCGCAGCGGAGCGGUGGAUAGCUGUGACUCUGAUGAUGAAGAGGAUGAGGAGACAGAUGGGCGUGAGGGGGAGGGGGAGGGUGGGGAUGACAUCACACAGCUGGCCCAGCAACUGGGCGAGCCUGAGGCCAACAUACCCAUCUCUGAGCAGCUUCAGGUGAUCAACCAGGAGGACUUGGCAGCGAUACUUCCCGAUGUGGUGGGCGGGGCUCCGUUGUUCGACGGGUUCGAGGAUGUGAGCAGUGGUGAGGGACGAGGUGCAGCAGGAGGGAAGGGAGGGGCGGCACCUCGUCCUGGAGUGGGGACUGGGCAGGAGAGCAGCUCGGACAUGGAACUACUACCCGAGCAAGAGCAGAUUGUGAGUGAGGCCAUCAAACGGAUAGACCUGGACUCGGAGGGUCCAGGAGACGAGGAGGAGGCGAGGCACCAGAGCAGUGCAUCAGGCGAUGAUGAUGAACAUGACGAGGUCGGGUACUCUUCAACUCUGCUGGAACAGUUUGUGGAGAAGACAGAGCAGUUAUCCAAGUCUAAGUGCCCCAAGGUGACGCCCUCCCCCAGUCGAGAGGUGGCGGCCACUGUGCCUGCACUGCGGAGACGGCGGGGCAGGCCUCCCAAGAACUCUAAGGCACCUCAAAACAACACAACCUCCAAUGAUCCACAGAACAGAUUGGUGAUGCCCGAGUUGGAUUACAUGCGGCUGGACUGCUCUGUGUCCAAUGUUUCCCCAGACAGUGGGAUCCAGUCAGUAGCCGGCUCCCCCUCUCACCAGUGCUCCCCCGCCUGGCACCCUCCCGCCCACUCACCUGCCCCACCACCUAAACAACACACAGAGAAAAUCUCAAAGCUUUAUGCAACGACAGCAGACCUGCUGGGUGAGAUUGGUGGAAAGCGAGGGCCUGGUAGGCCGAAGGGAUCAGGCAGGAGAAAGAGGAGGAAACUGAUCAACCCAGAGAUGCUACUGAACAAGGAAGAACUGAGGCACGCAAGAGAUGUGCUUAAAAGUGCCACCCUUCUAUAG